CAAAGAUGGCUCCUGCCAUGGACAUGUUGCGGCGAUUGUGAAUCGUGUUCCAACAAAAUUGUAGGCAAUUCAUUGAAGGUUAAGAAUUCGUCAAAUAACGGCUUUAUGUGUAUAUAAUCAUGAUGAGUGGCAGUCAGAAAAGGAAGAGUUAUGCUCCUACAGUGGAGCAGCUUAAUGCAGACUUUUUGACACAGCUUGGUAGUCGAUUUUGGGCUCCAAAUAGUCCUACACCACAUUUGGCCUAUGAUCCAAAGGUGAUUGAAGAUGUUUACAAGAAAGAACUCUUGAAGAACAAGUUUGCUGCACGUCGUAUCAUGGUGCUCGAGUUUAGCCAAUAUCUUGAAAACUACUUAUGGCCAAACUAUGAUUCUGAAAAGUCAAGCCCCAGUCACCUGAUUUCUAUUGCAGUCAUGAUAAAUGAGAAAUUCAGAGAAGGAGUUCCAGCAUGGGAGGCUUGCAAGAAGAAACCUGAGCAGUUUCCAGCAUUCUUCCACCAAGUUCUAGAGCUUACCUUGGGUACCAUAAAGGAUCUGACUAUAUCACUGAGAGAACGAACAGUACUCCUCAUCUUCCUCAUUCAUUGUUUCAACAGUCUGGAAGUUGAUGUGAUACGAGAGCAAGUUCAGAGGCUGGUAUCCCUUCCAAUGUGGGUGUGUCUUCUACCGGGAAGACUAGAAACAGAGCUGAAAGCCUAUCCGAAAUACAAGAAAUUUUGGAAUAUCAUCAAGAAAAAUGAUGCAAAACAAGUUGAGGAGACAAAGAAGAGGAGUGACUUUGAGCGGAGAUUUCUUGCUAAGUUAAUCCAGCUCUUCUAUACAAUAUUGGAUUCCAUUCCAGAGGAAGGUGAUGCACCAAUGGACAAGGUUCAUUUCUGUGAGCGCUUUGUAGAGAUGAUGGUAGACUUAGAGGCGCAACUACCAACAAGGCGAUUUUUCAAUGCUGUCAUGGAUGAUGCCCAUGUAGUUGUACGAUGUCGUCUCUCGGCACUAGCAAAGAGGAAGGAAGGCAAGCUAUUCAGUGAGUUACUGGACAUGUUAACAUUCUAUGCUGGAUUUGAGAUCAAGGAUUCAACAGGAACAGCUCUUACAGAUCAUGAAAUGACUGAUAUACACUAUGACAGGAUAAGCUCUCUACAGAGAGCAGCAUUCAAGCUGUUUCCAGAGUUGAAGAGAUUUGCUUUGUCAAAUGUAGCCAGUAUUGACACAAGAAAAACACUGACCAAGCAUUUUACACAGCUAAGUGCAUCAGACUUACAUCGUUUUGCUGCUUUCUUACAUCUGCUGCCCCCUCUUGGUGAAGAUGAUGAAACCACGGUAGAGAAGACUUUCCUUUUAGAUCUCAUGGUUUCCCAUCAUGAGAGAAGGAUAUCCCAAAUACAGUCAUUGAAUGAGACACCACUCUACCCAACUGAAGAGAUCCUAUGGGAUGAGAAUGUGGUUCCUACUGAGUUCUAUUCGGGUGAAGGUUGUCUUGCCCUUCCUAAACUGAAUCUUCAGAUGCUAACACUACAUGACUACCUACUCAGAAACUUUCAUCUCUUCAGAUUAGAGUCCACAUAUGAGAUAAGACAGGACAUAGAGGAUGCUGUACUAAGAAUGAAACCCUGGAAGGCUGAGGAUGGGAGCUGUUUCUUUGGAGGGUGGGCUCGUAUGGCACAGCCGAUCACAUCAUUCUCAGUAGUUGAGGUUUCAAAACCCAACAUUGGUGAGAAUCACCCAGCAAGUGUAAGAGCUGAUAUCACUUUGACCCUUAACCUCCGUGAGCAUAUCAAGUCAGAGUGGGAAUCUCUUCGGAAGCAUGAUGUUGCUUUCCUUGUAACUGUCCGUCCAACCAUGAAGAUUGGUAGUCAUUUCACCAAUAAAGAGCAUUUCAUUGAUCAGGUUGGACUUGCUUACAUCAGAGGUUGUGAGGUAGAAGGCAUGUUGGAUGAGAAAGGAGAAGUGAUUGAAGAAGGUCCAGAACCCAAGCCUGAUUUACCAGGUAUCACCAGAACCUACAGAGUAUGGCUAGACCCUAACCAGUACCAGAAGGACAUGGCCAAGACAGCUUCUUCUGGGGCUGAGGAUGUUUAUGAGAGCUUCAAUAUCAUGAUGAGGAGAAAGCCAAAGGAAAACAAUUUCAAGGCUGUUCUGGAGACUAUCCGUGACCUGAUGAAUACUGACUGUGUAGUACCUGACUGGUUACAUGAUAUUCUUCUAGGGUAUGGGGAUCCAGGAGCAGCUCAUUACUCCAAGAUGGCCAAACAGAUUUCAACUUUGGACUGGAACGACACAUUUUUGAAUGCUGACCAUCUUAGGGCUAGCUUCCCAGACCAUACGGUCAAGUUAAUAACUGAUGACCCAGCCAAAUUAGUGCCUCCUUUCAGGAUAACAUUUCCAGAAGCUGAGAAAGGAGGUACUUCAGGAAAGAAACGUAAGGUGGAUGACACCACUCCGAUGAAAGCCAAGAAGGAAAUCAUCGUUGAACCUCACAUCAUACCUAACAGAGGCCCUUAUCCAUACAACCAACCCAAAAAGAAUGCCAUCCAGUUUACUCCAACACAGAUAGAAGCCGUCAGAGCCGGCAUGCAACCAGGUCUUACAAUGGUUGUUGGACCUCCUGGAACUGGUAAGACCGAUGUUGCUGUUCAGAUCAUCUCCAACAUCUAUCAUAACUUCCCAGAGCAGAGGACUCUUAUAGUCACACAUUCUAACCAGGCUUUGAAUCAGUUGUUUGAGAAGAUCAUGGCAUUAGAUAUCGAUGAGAGGCAUUUAUUGAGGUUGGGUCAUGGUGAGGAGGCGCUUGAGACAGAAAAAGAUUUCAGCAGGUAUGGCCGUGUAAACUAUGUUCUUGGUCGUCGUCUUGAGCUGCUCAAAGAGGUAGAGAGAUUACAGGAGAGUCUUGGAGUUCCUGGUGAUGUUGCAUACACCUGUGAGACAGCUGGUCACUUCUAUCUCUAUCAGGUGGUAGCACGAUGGGAGAAGUUUCUGAGUAAGGUCAAGCCUAAGGGAGGCAAGGAGGUUGGAGUAGAAGACAUUGUCACUCACUUCCCUUUCCAUAAAUUCUUUGAGAAUGCCCCACAACCAGUCUUCAAAGGGGAGACCUAUGCUCAGGAUAUGGACAUUGCAGAGGGCUGUUAUCGCCAUAUCAAGAAGAUCUUCCAGCAGCUUGAGGAAUUCCGAGCAUUUGAGCUAUUGCGGAGCGGGAAAGACCGAUCCAAGUACCUGCUCAUCAAGGAAGCCAAGAUCAUCGCAAUGACAUGUACACAUGCUGCCCUCAAGAGGCGAGACUUGGUCGACGUUAGAUUCCAGUAUGAUAACAUCUUGAUGGAAGAAUCUGCUCAAAUAUUAGAGAUAGAAACCUUCAUCCCUCUGCUCCUUCAGAAUCCUGAGGAUGGUUUCAAUCGGUUGAAGCGAUGGAUAAUGAUUGGUGAUCAUCAUCAGUUGCCACCGGUCAUCAAGAACAUGGCCUUCCAGAAGUUCUCUAACAUGGAGCAAUCUCUCUUCACCCGGUUCGUCAGGUUAGGUGUCCCUACCGUCGAUCUGGAUGCACAGGGUAGAGCAAGAUCAAGCAUUGCUACUCUCUACAACUGGAGGUAUCGUAGCCUAGGAAACCUGCCUCAUGUGAAUAGGAUGCCUGAGUUUCAGACUUCAAACCCAGGGUUGGCCUUUGACUAUCAACUCAUCAAUGUAGAUAAUUUCAAUGGAGUCGGUGAAUCAGAACCCAAUCCUUACUUCUAUCAGAACCUGGCUGAAGCUGAGUAUGUGGUGGCGCUCUUCAUGUACAUGAGAUUGCUGGGAUACCCGGCAGAGAAGAUCAGUAUCCUCACUACAUACAAUGGUCAGAAGCAUCUCAUCCGUGAUGUCAUCAACAAACGAUGCUCAGACAAUCCUCUGAUUGGUCAACCUCACAAGGUGACAACAGUAGAUCGUUUCCAGGGACAACAGAAUGACUACAUUCUUCUCUCACUCGUGAGAACAAAGGCAGUUGGACACAUCAGAGACGUGAGGAGACUUGUUGUGGCCAUGUCUAGAGCUAGGCUUGGUCUCUAUGUCUUUGCCAGGGUAUCUCUGUUCCAGAACUGCUAUGAACUAUCACCAACAUUCCAAAAUCUGAUGUCGAGACCAAUUCACCUCCAUCUCGUUCCAACUGAGACCUACCCACCACAAAGAAAGGCUGGGCAACCUGUACAAGGUCGUGUGAUGGUGAUUGAAGAUAUGCCUCAUAUGGCUCAGUUUGUAUUUGACAUGUACAAUGAUGGUAUGCAAAGAAUGCAUGCACAGAUUGGGCGCCAAAGAAGAAUGGAACGUCUUGCCAAGCCUCCAGUGUCUCACAAACCCCCUCCAAAGAAGGUGGAAGAACCCAUGGAGACUAAACUAGAUGAAGAAGCCAAUAAAGAGGUGGUAAAUACCGAGGAGGAGGUGGACCAUUCCAAGAUGCCAGAACAUCCAGGGGAGAGCAGCAGUGAAUCAGAAGGGGAGGAUGAUGAGAAGGAAACACAGGAAGUAAAAGAGCAGGUAGAGACCACUGUGGAGAAAGAGAAAUCAGAAACGAUUGAACAGAUGGAUGAAACUUAACAGCUUGUGGAUAUUUAAGGUUUCAUGACGUU